AAUUUCCAUUUGUGUUUUAGUUAUAAAGUACACGAACGAUAAUAUAAUCAAAUGUAUUAGUGUUCCAUAAUUAAAAAAACUUUUUCAAAACUCACAUAGUUGUAAUUUAUUAUUUGUUUGUGUUGUUCCUAGGAUGUGUUGACCAACAAGGAGUUGACUAUGGCUUGCCAGCACUGUUUGCAAGUUAUAAUGAUUUUGAGUAAUUCUUGAUUUAAAUGAAUAAUUUAUCAAACUUUGCCAAACAUGGGUGGAAGCUGUCAAGGGCAGCUUGGUUGUUGUUGUGGCUGUUCUCCGUGUCGCAUGUGUUGCAGAUUUCUGCCAUCAGUAAGGGAAUCAACUUCCACUAGACUCAUGUAUACAUUGUAUCUAUUAUUAGGCACACUUUUGAUGUGUGUCAUGCUAACAAGAGAAGUUCAAGAUAGGAUUAUUGAAGUUUUUCCAAAAUACAAUGUUACUUGCAUAACAUUGAAUGCUGGAGAAAAUUGUGAUUUGCUUGUUGGUUACAUGGCAGUAUACAGGGUGUCUUUAGCUAUGGCCAUAUUCUUCUUUGUACAGGCUAUUUUAACCAUUGGUAUAUCAACAAGUCUUAAUUGUAGAUCUGGUUUACACAAUGGGUUGCAAAGAGUAUCUCGCGGAGGAAGUAGCUGUUGGUUUGUUUUAAUGGUGUUUUGUGCAAUGAUAAUCUACACUGCAGUUGUUAUUGGAAUAGUUUUGAUUGCACAGAACUACACUCGUGCAGAAGGAUGUUAUACUAAUAAAAUCUUCAUAGGAGCAAAUGGUGGAUUGUGCCUUCUGUGUUCUUUUAUAUCUAUAAUGCCUUGUGUAGAGAAAAAUACUGGUGAUUCAAGAGCUGGCCUACUCCAAUCAUCAAUCAUAUCAGCUUAUGUGGUCUAUUUAACUUGGUCUGCUCUUUCAAGUGAACCAACAAUUUAUGGUAGUGGUGUUGGAACUCAGCUAAAGAGAUCAGAUGAAGAUGAAGAAUAUUGUGGCCCAUCUGAAGUGUCUAUUUUCUCCAACAAAGAAAUUAUAUGCUAUGGAGGAGUUAUCAUUACAUUUAUCAUGGUCAUUAGCUCUACAUUGCGCACAUCUCAUUUUUCAUACAAGUUAGGAAUAAGAGCCCCAGAUCCUAAAGACUGUUGUUCAUGCUGUGAUAGUUCAUCAUCUAGAAGAGCAUCUAAGAGGGUUGAAGAAGAUGGAGGGCAAAAAGUUAUUCAUAAUGAAGCAGAGGGUGUUACUUACAGCUAUUCAUUUUUCCAUGUCAUGUUUUUCUUGGCAUCAUUGUAUAUAAUGAUGCAACUCACUCAUUGGUUUAAACCAGAGCAAGCUCAUCUUCUUACUUUUGAAAGAAACUGGGCUUCUGUUUGGGUAAAAAUUGCCUCAUCAUGGACCUGUAUUGCCAUAUAUUUAUUGAGUCUCUUUACUCCCGAACUUUGUCCUGGACGCCUCAAUCGGAGUCGCUCGGGUAGAGAUGAUGUAGAGAUGAGCAGAACUCGACGAUGUUCCUCGUCAUCAAGUAAUUAGCUUAAGGAGUGAAUUGAAUUGAGAUUUUUUAAUACAAUAUGCUUAAUUAAUGCUAUUAGACAUGUGAACCAUUUAUAAAAUCUCAGCUCUAUCUUAUGUUGGAAGUAUAAUCUCAUUGUUAACUUUAUUGCAGGUAGUUACAUUUUUAAGAGCUUAAUAUUUUUUAUUUUUAUUUUAAAAUUAUAUUCCGAAACAAAUUCUCGUUUGGCCUCUUCACAGUGCUAAUAUACAUAAGUUAGUAAUUUAUUUUAUGCAAUUUUAAAUCUGAACUGCCUCAAAUAAUAUUUAUAUUUCACGUUUUUAUAUUGACACUACACUGUGUUUAGACAUUAGGCUUAUUGUAUCUUUGUAAGCACGUUUAAAAAUUUCAUACAUCAUUCUAUAUUUACAUGCAUUGUAAAAUCUUUGUUUUAGUAAGGAUGUCAUUUGUAUUUAUGCAAAAU